AUGUUAUUCUAUCUUAUCUCGUCUCUGCUCACAUCAGGCAUUAUAGCCCUAGCACGCCGAGACACUUUCCAAUCUCGCUGUGAAGACUUUGCAAGCAAGAUUGACCUACCUAAUGUGCGUGUGAAUCUUGUUGACUAUGUCGCGAGUGGCACCAAUCUCUCGCUACCCGACAAUGACCCCAGCUGCGGUGCGCCGUCGCAGUCGGUGUCCGCAGACAUGUGUCGAGUCGCCAUGGCAGUAUCUACCUCCGACAACAGCGAAAUCACCCUUGAAGCGUGGUUCCCACGCGACUACUCUGGCCGGUUCCUGAGCACCGGGAAUGGGGGGCUCGGUGGCUGCAUCCAAUACUACGACCUCACAUACACAACAGGCAUGGGAUUCGCAACAGUCGGCGCUAACAACGGCCACAACGGCACCUCCGGAAAGCCCUUCUACAAGCACCCCGAAGCAGUCGAAGACUACGCAUACCGGUCGAUUCACACGGGCGUCGUGGUCGGCAAGCAAUUAACCAAGCUCUUCUACGACGAAGGCUUCGACAAAUCGUACUACAUCGGCUGCUCGACCGGCGGCCGGCAAGGGUUCAAGUCAGCGCAGAAGUUCCCCGACGACUUCGACGGCGUCGUCGCCGGCGCCCCGGCCUUCAACAUGCUCGGCCUUCUCUCCUGGAGCGCACACUUCUACUCGAUCACCGGCGCCCCAGGCUCAGAGACCUACCUGACGCCCGCGGAGUGGAAGCUCGCACACGAUGAGAUCCUCCGCCAAUGCGACGACAUGGACGGCGCUAAGGACGGUAUCAUCGAGGACCCGGACCUCUGCCAUCCAACAAUGGAAGCCAUCAUCUGCGACCCCGACUCCUCCACCUCUCCAUCCUCCUCAUGCCUCACAGGCACACAAGCCGGAACCGUCCGCGAGAUCCUCUCCCCGCUCCACGGCGCAAACGGCACACUCAUCUACCCGCGCAUGCAGCCCGGCUCCGAAACCCGCGCCUCAACAAUCAUGUACACCGGCAAACCAUUCAUCUUCAGCCGCGAAUGGUGGCAAUACGUCGUAUACAGCGAUCCCAACUGGGACGCAUCGCAGUGGAGCGUGCAAGACGCCGCCGCAGCGCUGAAACAAAACCCCUUCGACGUCCACACGGGGCCCACUGACCUGUCUGCGUUCCGCGCCGCCGGCGGCAAGCUGCUCACUUACCACGGCCUGCAGGACCAUCUAAUCAGCUCGGAGAUAUCCAAGCUUUACUAUGCGCGCGUUGCGGAGACGAUGGGGCUCCCGCCUGCCCGGCUGGACGAGUUCUACCGCUUGUUUCCCAUCAGUGGGAUGGCGCAUUGUGGGGAUGGCGAUGGGGCGUAUGCGAUUGGGAAUGGGGCGGGUACGCAUGCUGGGGAUGAUCCUGAUGAUAAUGUUCUUAUGGCUGUUGUUAGGUGGGUGGAAGAGGGCGUUGCGCCUGAGACUGUGCGCGGGGCGAGGUUCGAGGAUGGGGUAGGCUCGAGGGCUGAGUAUACCCGGAGGCAUUGUCGCUAUCCGCGCAGGAAUGUGUAUAGGGGUCCGGGGGAGUUUACUGAUGAGGAUGCGUGGGAGUGUGUUUGA